GCGUAGCCAAUUGUUCUACCAUUACAACGAAUAUGAUGUGAAAUGAAUUAGGAUUUCAUGAAGCGAAAUAGAAAGCAAGUCAUGCAUCUUUGUUUGUAUAUGUGGAAGACUUUCAAUGACAGUGAUUUCUAAUUGGCUGAACAGAAGGGUUAGAGAUUUCAAUCCAUUAGAAUGGCGUAUAUGCAGAUAUGUCCAAAGUGGUACACUAUCAUAGCUGUAGCAGAAAAUAAAACUUUUUGUGAUUGAUUCUUCACUAAAGGUUUACAUUAUCAAAGCUUAAUUUUACCCACAAAAAAAAACUUGUUUCAACUUUUUAAUUUGGCUAUAAAUAUUCAUCUUGAAUUUCUUAUCUUUCCAAGUAUAUUUCCUUCAUACUAAGUCUGUGUGACCACAGUAAACUGCACAAAAGUUAGAAUGAAAUCAUCCAUGGGAAUGGGGUGGUUGUUUCCUGUGUUUCUGCUCUUUCAUUUUUCAUUCUCCCAUUCCUGGUGUCACCCCCAUGACAACCUUGCAUUGCUUCACUUCAAAGCCUCCUUAACCCUUAAUUUUACGUAUAGCUAUAAUAAUUAUUAUGUUGAUUACUGUCAUCAGGUUUAUCCAACCAUAACAACAUGGGAAAAUGGAACAGAUUGCUGCUCUUGGUCUGGAGUGACCUGUCACCCCAUUUCUGGUCAUGUGACAGCCUUAGAACUCGCGUGUGGUGCGAUUCAGGGUAAAAUCAAUGCAAACAGUACCCUUUUCAGUCUUUCUCAAAUGCAAUCACUCAAUCUUGCUUUCAAUGACUUCUCCAACUCUCAAAUUCCAUCUACCAUAGGCGAGCUUGUGAGCCUUACACACCUCAACUUGUCUUUCACAAACUUUGAAGGUGAAAUUCCUCCCCAAAUCUCACAUCUUUCCAAUUUGCAAUCACUUGAUCUCUCUCUUCCACUAUAUAAUCGGUCUCAGUUAAAGUGGGAAGAAAUCACAUGGAAGAGGAUGCUCCGAAAUGCAACCGAUUUAAGGGUACUAGUUUUGGAUCACACUGAUUUGUCAUCAACUUCAAUGAGUUCACUCAAUUUGUCUUCCUCUUUGAUCACUCUAAAUCUUAGAGGAACUGGGCUAAAGGGAGAGUUGUCAGAUGACAUUCUUUGUUUGCCAAAUCUGCAACACCUAUCUCUAUCAGGUAAUUUUGACCUUCAUGGCCAACUUCCGGAUCUGAGUUGUGCUUCAGCGUCUCUGAAUGUCUUAAAAAUCUCAAGCUGUGAACUCGAUGGGCCAAUCCCUGAUUCUUUCUCUAACCUUACACAUCUUACUUUAUUCGACCUCUCAUACAACUACUUCAACGCUUCAAUUCCACCCUCUCUCUUAACCCUUCCACGUCUAAAUUCUCUGCUUCUCUAUUCCAAUCUUCUCAGUGGUAGAAUACCAAAUGUGUUUCAUCAGUCAAACAGGUUCCAAAAAUUAGAUUUGAGUAGUAACAAUAUCCAAGGUAAACUGCCGUCAACAUUUUCAAAUCUUCAACACCUCAUUUACUUGGAUAUAUCACACAACAAAUUAGAGGGACCUCUGCCUAACAAAAUAACUGGGUUUUCAAAUCUAAUAUGGUUAGUAUUGGUUGACAACUUUCUAAAUGGCACAAUUCCUUAUUGGUGUUUCUCUUUGCCAUCGUUGGAGUAUUUAUAUCUAUCGGGAAAUCAGUUCACGGGGCGUAUACCUGCAAUCUCGUCGUAUUCCUUGCGUGCUCUGAUUUUGGAUGGCAACAAGCUACAGGGCAAUAUUUCCGAAUCCAUUUUCAACCUUGUCAACCUUACUUACUUAUCUUUGUCAUCAAACAACUUCAGUGGUUCUGUCAAUUUUUCUCUCUUCUCGAAGUUUCAAAACCUGUAUGCUCUUGGCCUUUCAAAUUUAGGCCAAUUAUCAUUAAACUUUGAAUCAAGCGUCAAUUAUAGUUUCCCCCGCUUACAGGAGUUGGACUUGUCUUUUAUGGGUUUAACCGAAUUUCCAAAAUUAUCAAGAAAAGUCCCAGUUUUGAAAUAUCUCUAUCUGUCCAACAACAAGUUGAUUGGAAAAGUGCCCAAUUGGUUGCAUGAAAUAGAUUCUCUACUUGCUGUAAGCUUAGCCCGAAACUUUUUGACAACACCAGUUGACCAAUUCUCUAGGAGCUACCAACUCAGAUAUCUUGAUCUAAGUUUUAAUUUACUCACUGGUGGUAUUUCUUCGUCAAUUUGUAAUGCAAGUUCCCUUGAGCUUCUCGUGUUGUCCAAAAACAAGUUAACAGGCACCAUUCCAGAAUGCCUUGUGAGUUCACCGUUCCUUUCCGUUUUGAGUCUAGAAAAGAACAAACUUAAUGGAACUUUACCAAAUACCUUUGCAAAGAAUAGGCUCAUUAGUCUGCAACUCAAUGACAACCGAUUUGAAGGUCUUUUGCCAGAAUCUUUGUCCAACUGCAUGGAACUGGGGGUUUUAAAUCUUGGCAACAAUCAACUGGAAGAUACAUUUCCCCAUUGGCUUCAAACUCUACCAAAUUUGAAAGUAUUGGUUUUGCGGGAUAACAAGUUGCACGGUUCUAUUUCCAAAUUCAAGACCAAGUAUGGAUUUCCCAGUUUAAAUAUUUUUGAUAUCUCAUCCAACAACUUCAGUGGCACAAUUCCGGAAGACUUCAUACAAAGUUUUGAAUCCAUGAAAAAUGUUGUUCAAGAUGAGGUGUUUGGCAAUCGAGGGCUAUACAUGCAAUGGGAAUACAGUAUUGGAAUAAUUUAUUCACCUACGACUGUAACAACAAAAGACACGAUUUUGCUAUUCGAAAGAAUUCCAAUAAACUUUGUUGACAUUGAUUUAUCAGGAAACAAAUUUGAAGGACAGAUUCCAAAUGUAAUUGGAGAGCUUCAAGCACUCAGAGGACUCAACCUCUCCCACAACAGACUCUGUGGUACUAUUCCCAAAUCCAUGGGAAAUUUGACAAUAUUGGAGUCUUUGGAUCUCUCUUCAAAUAUGCUCACUGGUAGUAUUCCUACAGAAUUCCUGAAUAUGAACUUUCUUGAAGUACUGAAUCUUUCCUAUAAUCAUCUUGUGGGAGAAAUACCCAUAGGAAAACAGUUUGGUUCUUUUUCGAAUGAUUCCUAUAAGGGAAACUUGGGCUUAUGUGGAUAUCCAAUGUCGAUGAAAUGCAGCCAGAAGCAUGAUGAACAUCCUCCACCCUCACAAAGCUUGUGGAGAGAAGAGAAAUUUGGAUUUGAUUGGGAACCAGUGGCUAUAGGAUAUGGGUGUGGAACGUUAUUUGGAGUGGGGAUUGGUAGUUGUUGGGUAAACUUUAAAAGGGUCCACACGGUUUUAUUUGUUUGUUUGUGAUGAUUGUAACUAUCACACUACACCGAAAGUAGCCAUCCACUUCACUAACCACUAUUUGGAUUUUUGUGUGUAACUCACUUAUAAAAGUGAUUGAAGAAGUGGUUGUAAAAUACCCACCACCGAGAAGAAAGAAAAUACAGAGGAAGGUGUGGUCGUGUGACACACUUGUAGUGUGUGCACCGUGGGAGAAUGGGCAGUGAGAAAGGAGAGAGUCUCCAUGUUUGUGUAUUGUAUGCAAGAGAAAGUGUGUGAGCAUGUGUACCGUGAAAGAGACAGAGAAGUGUAUGUGUUUGUUUGAGUUGUGAGUGUGAGAGAUUAAAGUGUUGUGUUUGUAUUUGUGUGUUCUGGAUAGUUUGUCCAGAAAAUUUAUAUAUAUACAUAAUGAAGUAUAUUUUCCCAGAUAA